AUGACGCUGUGGUACACCGAUAUAUUGAGCCCCGGCGCUGUAAGUGGCGGAGGCGCAGAUGCGCAACAGUCAAGAGAUGCUCUAGAUGUCCGCUAUUCGCUUGCAGCUCUGGCAGACGAUUACACUAAACGAAAACAUGUUGUCAGAGUGACUACAGCUGCCGGCGCCGAGUUAUUACUACAGGCCGAAGGAGGUGCAGCUGAUGCCCAACGUUGGCUGGCGGCACUCCGGCGUCACUCUGCAGAGCCACCACCUGCUGAGCCCACACCUCAGCCCGCUACACCCGCACCCCUCACUGCACAGCAGCAAGACUGUCCUUCGCCAUUACCGCCGCAACGCACUAAGAAGAUCGGCAGGAAUAGGUCUCCUACUGGCCCACCGACCCCUACCCUGCCAUCGUCCCCCAAGAACAAGACAUGGAAAGGACGCAUGGCGAAGCAGUUGCGGCGCAUGCACGGCGGCGCCACAGCGGCGGCCGCGCCCGCCACGGGCUGGCUCGGCGCUCCCCUCGAGCGCUGCCCCUCCGACCCCGACCAUCCGUGUGUGCCUAGGGCUGUAACCUUACCUGCACAUGCCGUGGAGGCGUACGGUCUGCGCACGGUGGGCGUGUACCGCGUGCCCGGUAACGCGGCAGGCGUGGCGGCCCUAGCGGCGGCACUUGACCGGGGCGAGCCGCCGCCAGCCAACGACCCGCGCUGGGCUGACGUGCACGUCGCCUCCAGCUUACUCAAGGCGUACCUCCGAAGGCUUCCAGACCCGCUACUUACCGCCGAUCUUUAUCCGGCUUUUAUAGCCGCCGAUCGAUCUCCAGAACGUGGCCGCGAACUGAGGCGGCUCGUCCACGCGCUGCCCGAAGCGCACUACGAAACACUCAAGUACCUGAUCCAACAUUUGCGUAGAGUGGUCGCACACUCCUCCUUCAACAAGAUGGAGGCGCGCAACUUGGCCAUCGUGUUCGGUCCAACGUUGGUCCGAGCGGCUAGUGAUGAUAUGCUGGCCAUGGUCAAUGACAUGUCCAGCCAAUGUCGUAUCAUCGAAUCUUUCCUAACACACUAUGAAUGGUAUUUUGAAGAAGAGGAAGGCGAACCUCCCACGGAGCCUCCAGCGACAGGUGACGAGCUGUCCCCCGCGCCUGCACCCUCACGAGACCUCCUUAUACAUAAUGUUAAGAAAAUUGAAGGCAAAGAUGUAUCAACUCGGGACAUAGUCUCAUCAAUUAUAUCCGCGGCCAACCGCAAGAUCCAGCGCAAGCCGCGCUCCAAGCCCGACAAGAAGGCGGAGGACAAGCGGGACUCGCCCGGCGCCUCCCCUCCCUCCUCGCCCCUCACCUCUCCCCCACAUCAUCUGACGACGUCCUUGGCGGAUUAUGACGGGUUAAACCAUAAAUAUGUUAAAAGGACACAGGAUGAUGUAAAUAAAAUUGAACUCGAGACUAUUACAGCGCUGGGCCGCAGUCGACAAGAGAUCACGCGGCACACGCUCAACAACUUCUCCAUAGAUGGAACCGGAGACCUGGUGUCGUCUCUGACCAGCACGUUCGAUCAGAAGCUGCGGACGCUGAACAACUCGUCGCCCCUCGACGACGGCAGCAUUCCCUACGCGGACGAGUGCCAGGACGACGCCGAGACCAAGUCGAGCGCGUCGUCGCCCUCCGACGCGAACGGCGAGCGCGACGAGCGCGUGUCGCCCGCCGCGCGCGCGCACGACCUCAAGGCCGCGUGGCUCGCGCGCGACCACCGCCACUCCUCCUCCUCCAGCGCCGACGAGCCCGAGCCGCGCGUGUGGCCCCGCCCCCGGCGCCACGCGCGCGACGACUGCGACGACUCCGAGAAGGAGAACUGCGGCUCGGGCGAGCCCGCCGCGCCCGCCGAGCCGGCGCCGCCGCCCGACGGGCGCCAGGCGCCGGGCGCCGGCGCGGAGCCGAAGCGCUCGUCGUCGCUGGGCCGCUCGCCCGAGCGCGGGCGCGUGCUGCGCUCGGAGAGCGUGAACUGCCGCUCGCCCACGCUGCGGCGGCGCGAGGCGGCGGGCUGCCGCGGCACCAAGCUGAAGCGCAAGAACGGCAUGCCGGAGCGCGGCAUCAAGCGGCGCCACACGGUGGGCGGCACCAAGGACUUCGACAAGGACGGCUGGAGCGCGCGCCACACGCGCACGUCGUCGCCCGACCUCACGUGGCCGGCGCCGCUCGUGCCGCCGCCGCGCCACCCGCUCGAGUCGCACGUGUGA